AUCCUGCUUGGACCCCGUUUGUUUACAAUUUUUGUUAUUGGUUGAUAUUUCUGCAUGGGAAACUGCUGAAAACCCGUGUGCAGCAUGCUGAAACACUGCCUAGUCCAUGUGGACUACACGCGUCUGCAUGCCCAGCAAAAAAUGCAGCCCAAAUGCGGCGAGAUCUUUUACGAGCAGGAGUGCAACAGCUUCCACUUGGCUUGCUGUCUGUGCGACAUGAAGCACUUUUCUUUCGAUGAUUUCGUGCGGCACAUUCGCAACAUACACUUUGACAAGCAGGGCAAGCCGCAGACGCAGGCGGUGACUGUGCGUGCCCCAGUCCAGCCUAACUCUGCGGAGGAGAAGUUUCUCACCGCAGUGAAAUGUGAUGAUGUACAUGAGCCGGAGGACCCUUUCACAUUGCGCAUCAGUGACCACAAAGACGUCCAGUCGAAGGGCAAUCUGGAAACUGAAGGGCUCUGGGAGUGUGCAGAGAAUACGUCAAACUCUGAGAGUGACGGCUGCGACCUGGAGCCAGAGACCAUAUUGGGCAGCCCCUGUGAUAGGACAGAUGAAGAAAACGAGGACGAGGCCCAGCAAAGUAUUUUCAAGCGCCCGCCAAAGGAGUUCUGCUGUAAGCACUGUGAUCGCAAAUACACAUCGCUGAAAUACCUGAACAUCCACAUAAAGAUGUACCAUCCCCAUCCGAAGGCGUUCAAGUGUAGCGACUGUGGAGACGCCUUCGAUGUGGUACGAGCCCUGGAGGCGCAUCGGCGCAAGUUACACACUGAUUUCAAUUGCAAACUGUGCGCCAAGAUCUUCAAGAACUCACGAACUCUCCUCCGUCAUGUGCAGGGACACUCUGGUGUGCGACAGUACAAGUGCGACUUUGAGAAUUGUGAGAAAUCUUUUACGAACAAGCACAACCUCAACUCGCACCGCCGCAUCCACAGAACCGAGCGCAACUAUGUGUGCGAGCUGUGCGGCUAUAGGUCGCGAUAUCGCGAGGCCCUUAUCGUCCAUCGACGCUCCCACACGGGCGAAAAGCCCUUCAAGUGUGAGACCUGCGCACGCUGCUUCGCCUCGAAGUCGCUGCUGAACGAGCAUCAGCCGAUGCACUCCACGGAACGGCCCUACAAGUGCAACGAUUGCGAGGCGACCUUCUCCCGCCCCAAGGCUCUCUACCACCACAAGCAUCUCCACCUGGGCAUUAAAAAGUUCAAAUGCAAAGUCUGUGGCAAUGCCUACGCCCAGGCGGCGGGACUCUCGGCCCACAUGCGGGGACACAAGCAGCAGGCAGCCAACGGUGUGUCCGAGGGAAACGAAAUGGAGAUGCUAUUCACUUGCUAAGCAGGCAGAACCACAGAGUAUCUACAUAUCCACAUUUAGAUAACUUUGUACAUAUAGAAUACUUUACAAAACGUAUGUAUGUAUGCUAGCUUAUGAUUAAUGUAAUGUUAAAUUUUCACACUCUCAUCUCUCUCUUCUCACACGAACACCUGCAUUCUCUCUCGUUACCCCCACCAGGGUGCGCACACUGGAAGAGGUUCAGAGUGUGUGAGAAAGAGACAGAGUUAUCGCGUGAAUUGUUUCUGCAAUCUGAUAGAUAUAGAUAUAUUUUCACUCCUUGUGGGUACGAAAGUAAAGUGUAGUAUCACAGGAGCCUGGAUAUAAAAUUUGGUGGCUCUAGCUGUUUUAGUCUCUGAAAUCUAGGCGCUCAUUUAGCUAAAUAAGUAUAUCGACUCAGCUAUUGAUGCUGAUCAAGAAUUUAUAUAGUUUAU